AUGGAAGAGCAGUUAUCCCAAAAUGACAAAAUUAUUUGGUCGUGUUGGGAAACAAAAACUCAAAAAGAUGUGGUCAGAGAGGCUGCUGCAAAAGGUACCCAUAUUCUCUUGGCGGUCAAAUUUCUGAUGCAGAAAAAUGGGUGGAGUGAAUCUACAGCAAGCGAUUGGUUUCAUACCGAGGUGAAAGCCUGGACAAUACAACUCCUUAUGAGAAAACAGAUUUUCAAAGUCUUGCAUGUACUCAAUAAAGUCAAAAUAAAUCCUGAAGAACACCUUAUGACUCUAGCCAAAGAUUCAGCACAAAUAGAGUAUAGGGAUUUUAUUGUUGAGCAUUUAGAAAAGAUCUCUAAAGAUAUGAGCAGUGAAAACUUGCAAGAUUACCUCCAUUUCAAAAGGCAUUGGAACCUUUUGAGGUACCUUGAAAAAUCAUUUGAGACUGAUGGCACAUUUAAACAGAAUAAAGUAUUUGGUUCAGGACAGAAUAGGAUAAUUGUAAACGAAAGUGAGAUUAAAGCUUUGACAAUUGAAAAAAUUGAAAAGUACUCUGAGCAAUGGAAAAGUAAAAUUGCUACAGUAUUAUUUUUCACUUGCUUUGAAUUUUCACUAUUAGACUUUUCGAACCCUGUUGAAAUGUGGCACUACUUAGUUGAAAAUAAUAAAGCAAUGAUAUUAGUCCGUUGGAUCAAUGUGCAACUUUCUGAAGUAGUCCGUGACAUGAAUGCCCGAUACAACUUCUUUAACAAUGAGGGAUUUGUGAGAAAAAUCUUAAAUGUAGAUACCAUUGGUUUUGGCACUCAGGUGCUAGAAGACCUGGAUGCAAUAUUCCGCAAAUGGUCUGUCACAAAUGAAAUGAUUGAAAGUGUAGCUACCAGCAACUGUUUCCAAUACACAAAGCUGUGUAUCUAUGACACACUGUGCUCUUAUGGAAUAGUCAGUGAGAGUGAACAAAACAACUUAUCCCAAAUAAUAUCGCGAUUGUCACGUACGCAAAACUUGAAACUUAUUGAUGAUAUUUUUACUGAACCCUGUUCCACCAUAAGCAGAGAACACUUUUACGUUGAGCUGGCCAAAUAUUGCGUAAAAAAUAAAUUAUAUAAAGUUCUAACUUUAUGUGUGGAGGGUAAUAUAUUGGAUACAGAUUUAUCCGAAGUUGAAAAAGAGCCAAAAGAGUGUAUAGAACUUUGGUUACUAUUCAAGAGCAUUGAGCAAACUUCGGAUAGACAAAGUCACGUGCUACCAGUCUAUAACACGUGUGUGCAGAUAGCAAACGAAAAUAUUGACGAUUAUGUUUCUUCUAAUCCUCACCUAGUUCUAGGAAUGAUACUUCUUGAAGACACCAAAAAAUUAUUUGAUAUAUUUUCUAAAGAAGACUUUUUACCGUUCAAAGAUUUUAAAUUGCCAAAUAAGAAAUAUAAAGAUAAAUUGACUCAUCUAUAUAAUGUUUAUAAAAAGUAUUCUGAUGUUAAUCAAACAUACGAGUUGAAAGACGUAAAUGUUUACCAAUUGCUGUCUGGUUACCGGGGACUAGAUGUAUCAAAAAUAUUUGAAUUUCAGCUCGUGAAUCAGAACACUAACAAUUUGCUAACUGAUAAACCAGAUAGAAGGAGUUUAGGAAGUCUGCUGUCAAGUGAUGUUGACGUAAAGGCCGCUAGUAUAAAAGCUUUAUCACAGCGAGCAAUGGAGAUGCCAGAUUUUGCUGACGAGAAACUCAUGAAGAAGUAUGGUUACGUGGCCAAAUUAAACCACGUUUAUUACUUAAAGCAGUACCGCCCGUGUAAUGCGAGUCAAGCUUUCGUAGCGCAGCAGUAUCAGACAUACAAUCGCUUACAGGACAAAGGGGUAAAAAGCGCUUGUUGCGAAGCUCACGCUUUGGCAUUGCAGAACUGGUGCGAUGGUGCCAUGACUGCUUGUACGGUGUCUUUCAUAGCAAUGAUUGGAUGCAAUCCUACGAGAUGCAGGGUACACAUUUCAGCGGCUGAGAUGAUAAAAGAUCAUAUGAUUAAAUAUAAAGGAUUUUCUGAAGAAAAAGCAAACAAAACCGUUUCUGAAUACAUGUCAAAAUUAAUACAAUGCAAUGAUGACACUGCUAAAGAAAUGUUGCGUUGUUUGGAAGAGAUAACCUUGAUUAAAUUGUCUAAGAAAAUGAAGUUGGAUGGAAAAGUGGAUAUGUCAGUAGUCUUAUAUGAAUCACAGACGAUGGUCAAGUUUGCCAUGUUACACAACUUGCCAUUGCCCGAAUCCCAGUUACGGGAAUUCGUAAAGACGAAUUCUUGGUUUAACUUUUUAAUUUUCGGUGAUGUGUUCCGGUACCCUCUUAGUCAAAUGUUACAAAUAUCGCAAGAGUUUGAGAAGAAAUCAUAUGCUGAACAUUUGAAGCAUAUAAUGAUGCAUAGGAGUACGGAGGAUGUUUCUGAAAAGGAUUACAAAUCGAGUACUGCUAACGGACAAAGAAGACUUACAAGACUCAAUUCUUUUGAAGUGAGUCCAGUGAUUAACGGUAGUUUCGACUUUUCGUCAAGUACAUACAUGGGACGCGAGCUGUGGGAGGUAGCCGCUGCUUGUCAUGGCCCUGAAGAUCCACCAGCAGCUUUAUUAAAGGCCGCGGACGUAUGUCGCGAGCCUUUGCUUGUGUUAAUCGCUAGUUGCUAUGAGCCAAACGCGGUGCUGGUAUUUUGGGCUCAGUGGAUUCUCUCAUCGAUAUCUCCAAGCGAUCGUUCUCAAGCCGCGCUACAGCAACUGAUGAGCCAACAACAUGUCGUAGCUGAACAGUUCCAGAAAGUCGCCGAACUGUGUUUGGUUGAGGGAUAUGUAACAACUCUCCACGAAGCCAUGCUAACAUUUAUGCCGGAGAGUCCUCUUACACUAUUCACGUCGUUCCUCCACCGCUGUAUUAAAAAACGUGAUUUCACCAGUGAAACGACAAAGCUACUAUCCAGCUUCCUCCUGCAUACCCAGCGCAAAUACAGUGUCGGUGGAAGCGGAACUCCUUGGCAGUUGUCCAAGGAAUCUCUACAAAGACUAGCAGUUUCUCUAGUCAAAAUUGCUUUGAGCAAAAACUUUGAUAGUGCGUGUCAUCAAAGAGAGUUCCUGAGAUGCUUGGCUGCUAGCCAUUUUGAAAAAGGAUUUUCAGUACCAACGCCAAAUUUCUCAACGUUAUACGAGAUCCUUCAAAUUUCAAUGGAAACAUCACUAGCUAUUAACAUAACAAAAAUGCUUCAAGACGAUUCUCAGCAAUACAUCUUAGAGUGCGUCGAAAUGUACACGGCAAAUAGAAACUAUGACGUAGCUCUUAAAAUAGCUACGCUGACCGGAUUAUCUGUCAACAGCAUUUUAAUAGCCGAAUGGACCCAUAAAUAUGACAAGCUGAUCUCGAAAGAUGAGCCGUUAGAUGACAAAGCUAUUACGUUUUUCAUCGCGGAAUGCAGCGAGUCAUUCAAAAAAGCUUCUGUAAAGUUCAAAGAUGCAACGGAAUUCCUAGUUUCACAUGUCAAUAAUAUUUCGGACACGGUACAGAAGUUUUAUUCAUACAGAAUAAUCAUGAGCUGGUUUAAAGAGAACUUGGAAUAUGGUGCAAGGAGGGAAGAAAUCGAACAUCUCAUGUGGGAGGCCUACUUUAAAAGCGAGACCUCUAAUGCAGUAUUUCUUAAUAGCUAUCAAAGUACCAUGCAUUUUAUUGUCAGCGGCCAAAAGGAUCAGAAUAUAUCAAGCAAAAUUGGCAAAAGAAAUGCGGAAAAACCGUUUACUAUGAUGCUUGAUGAGAUUGAAAUUGAGUCAGAUGUUAGUAAUAUUAACAACGUCGUUUUGUUGGAAGAGCCUGAAGCCGUGGAUAGUUGGAGACGUGUUAUGAACCAGCUCAUAGAGCUGAAGCUGUUGGUAGAUGCUUUCCGUUUGUCAGCCCUGUUUAAAAGUCCUCCGGAGUUCAGAUACAGACCUCCUGCAUGUCCAGUACAGAUCGUAAGGACAUGUUUGAAGCUCGCUGAAGGAUCUUGUUCGCCGUAUGAACUGCCGCAAGAAUUAAGGCUGGUGAUCUCUUCUCCCUUACUGCAGAGUAGAUUGUCAAUAUCAGGAAUAUCAGACGCGAGCUUCGAGGAGUUGGUAGUGAUUCAAGAAAAGCCGGACAAUUCUCCAGAAAGUUCACAUUUGGCUGCUCGCGAGGAAGCUGACAGAUUGUCCGCUCUCGAUGCCUUGGCUGUACGAAGUGGGCUUUCACUUGCCAAGCAGGUUGCCAGCUACUUCCGUAUAGCGUUGCAGAUCGGCCAGGACUACUUAUGGGUCCUUAAGUACCAGAACCGCGCCGUGGACUUCAUCAAUCUAGUGAGCGGACGGGCGCGGAUGUCCCUAGCUAACCUCGUGUUUAAGACCUUCAACAUUCCAAACAAACAGGUUGCCGAAUAUCUGUGCAAAGAAAUGGUGGCCGCCAUAAUUUCACCGCAUUUAGUAAAAACAUCUACAUUUAGACAAAAGGAGCAUUUUCAAUACACAUUAUGGGGAUACGCACUCAACUCAGAUAUUGAAAUGUUUCUGAACAUGCGUCCCGACGCUUGCAGUCAUAUUGGUAGACUGAUUCUAGACCAUCUAAUGGCAUUCCAAAAGAUAUACAAAGCUACAGGUCCCACCAAACUACCUGACAAUCCCCUUGACGACAGCUGUCUUGAUAUAGAAAAUUUGAUAGAUGAAGAAUAUCAGAAUGUGGAAGGUGAUGAAGCCGAAUCAAUUUUGACUGAAGAAGGUACACUCAUGUCGGCCGAAACUGAAUCAGUGUAUUCUGUAUCCACUGUUUAUACGGUUGGAAAUAAAAUGUCACGAGAUUCGAGAAGAAAUUUGUUCGAUGUGAUCAAUAAAAACAACGUUCAUAUUCGGUAUGAGGUCAAGUCUAACAUCAGGAGGAUAACUAAGGGCGCGAAGUUGUCUACCAAACAGGUGAACAUAAUCUGCCUGGAGCUGCUGGUGGUGUCGCACGAGUGCUUCGCGUGCGCGUGCGACACGGAGGGCGUGGCCACGGCGCUGCGCUCGGCGCAGGCGCUGGCGGCGCGCCUGCUGGCCGCGCGCUCGUGGCGCCUCAUGGUGCGCCUGCUCACCGGCCUCGCGCGCUACACCGAGUGCGCCUACGUCUUCCAGGCAUUACGCGAAAACCAUCAAUUUGAAUACUUGUUAGGACAAUUCGACUAUAUGCUCGGCCAACAAAUGGAUAAAAUUGCAGAGUUCAAGCAAGGAUUACUAGAUUUUCUAAAGACACACUGUCCAGGGGACACGGAUACAUACAUAAUGGUCGCCCUACAUUUUAAUAUGUACGCUGAGGCCGCUAGUGUUAAGAGGAAACAAGCACUGAAUUUAAUCGAGGACUUGGAGAAAAUGGCAUUGGAUUCUGCUAAGGCAAUUUCCAAAAGGCCGUUCCAACCACCAGCAUGGUUACAAAUACACGACAACGUACCAACCAGAUCUCUUUUAGAUACCGCCUUAAACCAUUGCACGGAUGCUGCAGAGCUGUAUCUUCAGGGUGGCUGUACUGGAUUUGCGGGUGAAAUGGCGACGCUUGCGCAACAGAUAGCGUUACAGAUAUCACUGCUAAAUGCAUCACCUACUAGGUUGAUAUUGAAUAGAAACACUGAACAGCUGUAUAAACUUGUUAGCGAAUAUUUGAGGAAGGUAGGUACGCUUGCGCAACAGAUAGCGUUACAGAUAUCACUGCUAAAUGCAUCACCGACUAGGUUGAUAUUGAAUAGAAACACUGAACAGCUGUAUAAACUUGUUAGCGAAUAUUUGAGUUUUAUGGAGGGCUUGGUCCUAUUGGCUGGUCGCGGAGGCGAGGCGUGGCGGGAGCUGGCAUACAGACGCACCCUUUCAAAUGACCAGGCGUAUCUCAGGGACAUGGCAGCGUACAGGCCUGAUGUUGCACAUGAUUUUCUUAACAGGUUUAAAGUGGAAAGGAACAAGACAUCGGUGGCUCAAGCGGCUAUGGCAGAGCUUCGUAACUUGUGUAGAUGA